AGAAGAAGAAGAAGGAGGUUUCUUGCGAAAGAGAGAGAGAGAGAGAGAAAAUUAGGGUUAGGGUUGCAGAGAAACAGAGAGGAAGGAGGAAAUCCAAAUCCCAACUCUGUAUUCAUCUCUCUUCCCUCUCCUCUCAAUCUUCUCCAUCUUUCUCAUUGCUCACAUGGGGAUUCAAUCUUAUCCGAUCUCUGAAAUGGACGCAACAGAUGAAUUGCACGAAGCCAUGUUCGCCAAACGAGGUUGUUGUUUCCUCCUCCCUUGUCUCGGAUCAUCUCAGCCGUCUGGUCCCAACGGAUCCGUGUGGUGGCAACGGAUCAGAACCGUAGAUAAAUUGGAGCCUGAUGACCGUUGGUGGGUCUCCGGGUGGAUGAAGAUGAGGGAAUGGUCUGAGCUCGUCGCUGGUCCCAAAUGGAAAACUUUUAUCCGACGCUUCGGACGUAACCACUGCUGCGGCGGCUUAGACAGCGGUUGUAACCGGCCGGCUCCUGUUAGUUUCCGGUACGAUUCGUGGAGCUAUUCGUUGAAUUUCGACGACGGGAAACAGACUGGUCAUUUCGAAGACGAGUUUCCUUACCGCGAUUACUCCAUGAGGUUCACCGCGCCGUCUCUGCCGGUUUCCACUAAAUGCUCCAUUGAUUUCGACAAUGAUAACCACGCGCCGUCGCUGUUUAAGUGAAAUGGCACGCGCCUCUCUGUUUUCUACAUAGGCUGGCGUCUAACGUGCGCCGCACUGAUGAACGGGGAGAGACGUUUAGAAGAAAGAUGAGAUUGGAUUUUUUUUUUUCUUUUUUCUUUUUCCUUGCAAAGAAACAUUAUUUUUAC